AUGGGUAAUGACGGUGGAAGUAUCCCCACCCGCCGCGAACUCGUUCGUGAAGCAGCCCGCGCUCCGACCACAGCGCAACUAAAAGAAACUCAGCGCGAACAGCAAGAGCACGCUUGGAAGACCUGCCCACUCUCACACAAAGUUCUCGCUCGACCGAUUGUGUCAGACUCUGCUGGGAACCUUUAUAACAAGGAUGCUGUACUUCAAUUCCUAAUCGGCGAUGACGCCGAGGGCAUCAGCUCCAAGUCUGACUGCGAGGAAAUCCUCUGCGGACGAGUGAAGGCACUUAAGGAUGUGGUCGAGCUGCACUUCGAGGUCGACACCGAGCUCACGGAGCAUCCAUCCGAUAAAAUCAAUGCACACCGUCACGAGCGCCGCGAGGGCUGGAUUUGCCCCAUUACCGCAAAGCCUCUUGGCGCGGGUGUCAAGGCCGUCUAUCUGGUACCGUGUGGGCAUGUCUUUGCGGAGGAGGCAAUUCGCCAACUGAAGGGCGAUAGGUGCUUACAGUGUGACCAUGCCUAUACCGAAGAUAAUAUCAUCCCCAUUCUACCUACAAAGGAAGAAGAUAAGCAGCGUCUUAUUGCGCGUGGUCAGAAGCUCGCCGAGCAAGGCCUUACUCAUUCGCUCAAGAAAGCCCCCGGUUCGAAGAAGCGCAAGAAGCACGCCGCUACGGAGGACUCGGUGGAAACUGCUCCCAAGUCGGCAGCUGAAGCUACUAAUAAUAGGAGCAACACCUCUACUUCCACGUCUGGUGGCAAUAUCAAGAAUGCCGCAGCUGCGAAGAUCGCCGCUCGGGUCAAAGAUGAGCAAGAUGAAAGGAGUAAAAGACAGAAGAGAGCGGGCCUCAAUGAAAACUUGGAUAGUCUUUUUACCAAAAAGGAUGACAAGAAGAGUGCCGAUUUUAUGACAAGAGGAUUUACAAUUCCUACUUCUGCGCGAAGGUAG